AAAUAAAUAACAGCUCAAAUUUACUAUUAGUCAUCAUACUCCAUGGGACUGGUAAAUAAUUCUAGGAAGAGGCUGUUGGCAAAUCUGGCUGCACAGGAAAACUUUACCAAACUGCUUUUUUUGCUGCAAUUCACAUGGCAGCAAUAUAUUUAUGAGGCUCACAGAUUAUAGAUUGAAUGAUGGCAUCUCCAGAAGAUGAACAACCUUACCCGUUUGUAGAUAUAUAUGAUGAAGAUGAAGCUGACAGAGUCUUCCUUUUGUCCAAGCCUACUUGCUUCGUCAUCCUUGGAAAACCAGGUGUUGGGAAGAAAACAUUAGCUAAAAAAAUAGCCCAAUUUUGGAAGUGCACUCUUGUAGAUGCUUUUGAACUCAUAAAUGAAAACAUAACAGCUGAAACAGAAUACGGACUGAAGUGUAAGGACCUGCUUUACCAAGGUCAAAAUGUUCCUGAAGAGUUGGUGAUAAAGAUGCUUAUGAUCAAGCUGGAAUCUCCAGAGAUUAAUCACUUUGGUUAUGUUCUCUGUGAUUUCCCUUCUCUUUCUGAGGAUUUCAUGUCUACACCAGAACAAAUCGAAGUAAUUAAAAAUUUAAAAUUAAAACCAGAUUUCCUGAUUAAUAUUAAGUGUCCUAACAAUGACUUGUGCCAAAGAAUCACUGGUCAAAGACAGCAGCCUGACACAGGACAUAUAUUCAAAAGAGAAGAUUGGGAUCCUGAUAUUAUUGAAAAGCGUAAGAAAAAGAAGAAAGAAUUACGUAAAAGCGAAGAAGAGGAUGAGGAAGCAGAAGAGGAAGAAGAGGAAGAAGAGUCAAAUGAGGCUGAUCAAAUUAUGUUGACAGAAAUUUUGCCAACUUUAGUACAAAGGCCGGAAGAUUUUAUGGAAAAUGCACAAAAGAGAAUUGAUCUCUAUAAAGAUAUUAUGCUGCGUCCUCUAGAGGAAUUAAUGGCUGAACAGGACUCUCAGUAUCUUUUUGAACUGGAUGGAAACAAGAAUGCAGAUGAACUUUUUAAAUCAGUAAUAACCCGCCUUGAAUCCAUGGGCCAACGUCAUGGAGCUCUUAUAACCAAGCUUCAGAGUGCAGAUGAAGAAAUGUUAGAUGGUCUGGAAAAUGGUGAACUUUUUCGGGUGCUUGCAUCCUAUAAACUUGUAGGCCCUAGACAUCGAUGGCAUCGCAGCAAAUGGGGCCGAGCGUGUCCUGUGGCUUUAAAAGAUGGUGACAUUAUCAUGGGAACUGCAGACAAUGCUGUUAGCUUCUUAGGUAAGAUGUACCUGUUUUCUACAGAAGAAGCAUUGAGACAAUUCAUGCUGAAUCCCCGUUCCUACCUGCUGCCUCCUAUGCCACUUCCACCUUGUAAAGUACUGAUAAUGGGCCCUCCAUUAUCUGGGAAAACAACCCUGUGUGAGUUGCUUGCAAACCAUUAUCAGGGAAAAGUUCUUGACAUGGAAGCUCUACUGAAAAUGCAUUAUGAACAAGCAAGACUAGAACUCAUUGAGCAGACCCGAGCUGAAGCAAUCCUGGUAGGCAUUGCCAGAGUGAAAGAGAAAAUGGAAAUAGAGCAGCAAAUGAGGGAACAAGCUGAACUGUUUGCCCAAGAGUUUGGUGAAAAGGAACUGGAAAAUGAGGAAGAGGACAUUUCCACAGAGGAAAAAAGUUCAGUGCUGCCUAGUGUGUCAACAAUUAGUAGCGCAAAAGAGGGCAGUAUCAUAAAGCAAAGUAGUACAAUAAAAGAAGAAGAUGAGACUGAAGAAAUGUCUUCAUCCCAAUCGGCAGAACAAAUAGCCGACAUCUCAACAGCACAAACAGAGUCGGAGAUCCCUCUCGACCAUCCAGAUAUCCAAGAGGUGGUCCAGAGCGCUAUAGAAGCUGCAAUGCUGUCUCCAAUAACUCUGCCGCCAGAAACCUAUGUGGAAGUAUUAGAAGAAACUAUUGAAGAGCUACAGAAGACAAAUCAAAGAAGAUAUCCAGGAGCUGCAAGUAAAGGAGGAUGGAUAGUGGAUAAUUUUCCUCCAUUGACAGAACACUGGAGUGCUUUGUUAGAAAAAGGAAUCCUACCUGAUAUUGUAAUUUGUUUGAAGAAUUUUGAACAAAAUGGACAGUUGGUACUGCAUAGACUGUACCAAGCACAUAAAGAAGAAAUUGAUGCUAAUAUUAUACAAAGGCUAAUAGACGAUGCUUUGAAAAAGAAACACGAGGAAGAAGAAGCAAAAAGAGAACUGCAAGAAAUGUUAAAACUGCAAGCUGAGGAAUCUGCUGAGGACAGAGGAUCUACAGAGUUUCUGGAAGAUAGCUUUGGAGUUGAAAGAGGCCAACCAGGACAAGCUUAUUCUUCUGAAUCUAAACAGAAAGAAAUGUCUGGAGAAACAGUGCAGUUUGCAGAUCAGAGUGAUGAAGCACAGGCUUCUACAGACUCCAAAGAACAUGAAGAAUCUAAAACAGAAUCAACAGAACCCCUUGAAAGUGAAGAAAAAUCUGUAUCACAAUAUGAAUACCUGAAAAGUAUUGCAUCUGAACUAGGAGUCACAAUGCCUGAGUAUCCUGAAGAUGGUUUUCCAGAUGUAGUAGAAAUGGAUCCAUUUAAAAACAAGGUCAGCCAGUUCCAGAAUAACUGGCAAAAAUUGGAGUCACAUGUUGCAGAAUCACCUUUGGUUCAGAUUACUGAAUUGGAGAUUGAUGGCCAGACUCCAGAAAUGCUGCUUAAUAAGAUUAUGCAAGCUAUGCAACAACCUUUUAAAUAUCAUGGUUGGGAAUUAUCUCCUGAAGAUGAGGAUGAAGAACAAGAAGAUUUGCAGGUUGAAGCAGAGGCUCAGGCAGAAGAAGAAGAAGAGGGUGAUGAAGAAGAGGAAGAAGAGGAAGAAGAUGAAGAAAAAGUUGCUGAGAGGAAGAGACACAUGGGAGAUACAAAGCAUUUCUGUCCAGUGAUUCUGAAGGAAAACUUUAUCCUUUACCCAGGGAUUUCUGAAAAUGCAGCUAAAUAUCGAGAAAAAUACUAUUAUUUUUCAACUCCAGAAAACAGAGAUAAAUUUCUAGAAAAUCCUGAGGAGUAUGUUUCUCACAAUGAGCCAUUAAAAGCUCCUCCUAUAAGAAUAUGUCUGUUGGGGCCACAUGGAGUGGGUAAAACAGGCUGUUCCCGGUGGUUAGCAGAUAAGCUAAACAUUUUUCAUAUUCAGUUUGAAGAACGCUUGCAAGAAUUGCUCAUGCUCAAAACAGGAAAAAGAAUUGGUCUUGAAGAAGAAGAGGAGGAAGAAGAAGGUGAGGGAACACAAGAAUUGGGAGAGUCCACUAUUCCUGAAAAUACACCAGAAUUUGAAUUUGAGAGUGAAGAGGAAAGUAAACAAAUUCAUGAGAAAGAAAUGCAAUUAACAGAUGAGGAAGAGGCAAUCAAGGCCAAUAUAUUAGAAAAUGACCCAAUUCCCAUGGAAGUGCUUGAUAAUAUUGUUCUUGACUGGUGGAUGAAGGAACCAUUUCGAUCUACUGGGUUUAUACUUGAUGGUUUCCCAAGAACAGGAGAAGAAGUCCAGUAUUUAGCAGAGCGCUCACUUUUUCCGGAUAUUGUAGUUUGUCUUGAAGCUGAGGAAGAUGACAUUUCUGACAGACUUUUUACGAAACAAAUAAUAAAAUGGAAAGAGAAACGAACUAAGAAGCUAGAAAAGAAGCUGCAGAUUAAAGAAGUAAAAGCAAAAGUGAGAGAAGAGCAACUUAUUAGAAGACGGGCAGAGCUUCUAACUGAACAAGCAAGGAGGAAAUCAGAGAAUGAGGCGAGGAAGCUUGAAGGUGAAGGUGAAGAUGAAGAUGAAGAUGAAGAAGAAGAUAUUGAAGCUAUUCUGGAAGACGAGUUUCCAAAAGAAGAAGAGGAAGAAGAGGAGGAAGAGCAGGAGAGUGAAGCUACUGAGCGCAUAAAGACUGAGAUUGCAGAGAGAUAUGAAGCAGAUACUGCAAAUGUGCAAACUGUGCAGGAAGAAUUAGAAAAAUUAAACAUACCCCUAAUAACUCUCACUUGCAAACGAAAGCCUCGCAUUGUGCACUACCAAUUAUUUAAAAAGAUAAAAGACCUUGUAGAAAACCGUGAGAGCAUAUUUGAGAAAUGUUAUCCACUAAGUUUUUCACUUGCACGGAAAAUGAUUGUUCUCUCUUAUAAACAUCCAAGCAAUUUUGGCCAGUGGGAUCCUAUCAAGCUAAGUGAAGGAGAUGCAAUCAAGCCCUUUCGAAAUGAUGACACACCAAGUUUUCCAGUUAUUCAUCGAAACUGUAUUUAUUUUUUUACGAGUAAAGAAAAUAGAGAAAAAUUUAUGAAAAAUCCCCUCAAAUAUCUCCGCCAGCCUAAACCUAAGUCAACUGUACCAGUUAAAAUUGCAAUUGUUGGGCCUCCAAAAUCUGGAAAGACAACAGUUGCCAAAAAAUUUGCAGAAACAUAUGGAUUAAUGCGCCUUUCCAUGGGAGAUGCCAUCCGUUCAAUAUUAAACUAUCAGCCAGAAACGGAAUUGGCCCUUGUGCUAAAGUGGCAUCUUCACAAAGGACUGACUGCACCUGAUGAGCUUGCCCUAAGGGCCUUAGAUAUUGCCUUGAUGGAGACUGUGUGUAACACUUCAGGAGUUGUUAUUGAUGGAUACCCAGUUACAAGAAAACAGGUAGACCACUUGGAAGAAAUGAAAAUCAUUCCAAUAAAAAUCUUUGAGUUAGACAUUGAUAUAAAGGAGGUUUUAAGAAGAGCCCUUCUGGAUAAACAAAGUCCUAACAGACCUCCCUACCCACUGCAUGACAGCUCUCAUAUCAUUUCCCUCAAGAACUCCUGUUAUCAGGCGCAAACUGAGGAAAUCAGGCCAUUCUAUGAGGAACAGCACCAGAACUGGUAUAUACUUGAUGCCUCUCACAGCAAAUGGUGGAUCUGGAACAAAAUCCUACAAGAAACUCAAGCAGUUACUAAACAAAUCCAAUUAUAUCUGGAAAGAAUACGGCAAGGAAAAGCUGCCAGUAUUGCUGAUAUGUGUAUCACGCCAAAUGAAUUGCUCUCUCGGCUGGGAGAUUUUGGGCAAUAUUGUCCAGUGAGCCUAGCAGAAAGAGAAGAACUUAUUGAUUGUUCCGAUUCUCCUUCUCUGAAGUUUGCUGCAGAAUUUCGAGGACAUUACUACAAGAUGGCUGGACAGAAGGAGUUAGACAAAUUCCUGAAAACUCCAGAAUUAUAUGUUCCCCCAUUAGCACCUUAUCCUCUUCCUUUACUAAGUAAUUUACCCAAAAGGCUGACCGUAGCAGAUGUGAAAGCUUUAUUUCCCAUGCAAGCUGAAUUGCAAGGCUUCUGCCCAGUCACUUAUCUUGAUGGAAAGCAAAGGUAUGAAGCUCUGGUACCUGGGAACAUUGAAUAUGCUGUACUUUAUCGCAAAAAGCUAUAUAUUUUUGAAAAUGAAGAAAAACUUCAGAAGUUUAUGAGAAAACCAGAAAAAUAUUGGAAACUGACACUUCCACAUAAGCUUCCCCCUUUAAAGGAACCUAUACUGUUGACAGCUCUUCCUCUGACUGGAUACCUUGAGCAGGGUGUGGCUACAGCAUUAAUAAAAGCAAUGAAUGCGGUUGGCUGCUUAAAGCCAAAAUUUCCAUUCCUGACUGUGAAAAGGACUGCAUUGCUAUUCAUAGCCUAUCAUUUAAAAGCAUAUAACCCUAACAGCCCGGACUAUAUAAGAAAGAAGUAUAAAAUGAAGUUGGAACGGUUCAUAGACCAUUGUGAACUUAUCCCAUACCUAGGCAUCAAAAUGACAAAGAAGUACAAGGAGCCUCAAAAUCGGCCUAUUGAUUUUGAUCACAAGUUACAGACUUUCUUGUCUCUCAAAGAUGUGAACCCAAUUUCCUAUUAGUGAAAUACUGCAAAAAUACUGCAAAGUUAUAUACAUGUUUGACUGUAUUCAUGUUUGUUAAAUUAUAUGAAUAUGGUUGUUUAUAUGAUUGUUUUUAGAUCCUGCCUAACUAGAGAAUGGGUCAAGAUAAGCUCAUGUCAUUGGCUUGUUACAAGCCUAAAUAAAAUAAUACUGUAGUUUCCUAUAGGAUGCCUUUCAAAAUGCAGUUUGUAAAACUGAUAGUGUACAAACAUAUUUGUAAAUUGCCCUACAGUCAUAAUUUUGCAAGGAACUUAGUAAAGAUUGUUUUUAAUUAAGUCUACUUCUAAGAAAAUAUGUUUAUAAUUGUGGGUAUAUCAAUAUUCUUCAGUGAUUAAAUAUAGAACUUUAACUGCUGUAACCUAUUUGUUAAAUCAUUAUUGUUUGCCAUUAUUGUACUCUUAAAUAUUUAGUGUGUAUUUAAAUAUAAAGAUCUGAGAUAAUUUGAGAUACUAUGAGAUAUUUCAUAAAUUUGAGAUAAUAUCUUG